AACGCAAACAAGUCGAUUAGUCCAAGCUCUCGUUUUCAUCUUUCCUUAGAUCUUCUCCUUCUACUCAGCGAGAAGGCCAAUGUUCUUCUCAAGGGGUUUAGUUGGAUAUCUUCUAUUGUUCUUGUUGAGUAUUUCAGCUCUAUAUGAUGGCAGAGUUCUGGGAGCAAGAAAUCUGAGAGAGAAGUUGGAAGAUGAUGUAGAGAAGUCUGAAACUUUGGAGGAAAAUUCUAAGAACAACAAUGGAGAUGAGGGCUUUUUCGCAACCAUUAACAGACAAGUUCCCUCUUGUCCCGACCCACUACACAACAGGUAAUAAUCAUACUCAGAAUCAUUGAGAAAUUGUGUUUGUACAUAGAUGUAUGUACAAGGUGUGGAUCAAAGCCUUCAGAGGAGUUGGAGAACUCUCUAAUUUCUUUUUCCUUUCUGGGUUUCUAGAUUCAUGAGGUGAGGAAUUCUAAGAAGUGAAUCUUUUGUUGUUUUUGAGAGUUAGAGCCCAUUGUUUUGAAAUGCAAAUUGCUAAAUAAUAUGAUUCACAUUGU